AUGAUCCCCAGCGAUAUCGAAGACUCCAUCCGCGGGCCCUGUCCCGGCCUCGACACCCUCCCAAAUCACGGUUUCGUCCCAUACAACGGGCGUAACAUCUCCGCCAGUGCUGCCAUCGAAGCGCAGAUGACCGCCUUCAAUUUCGACGAGCCAAGCGCGGAAGACUCUAUCGCAGGCGCGUUGUCAGUCUCCACGACGGGUCACAGCGACACGUUCAACCUGGACGACCUCUCCCGCCCUGGCGCGGACCGCGACGGCGACCUGAGCCGCAACGACAGGUAUUUCGGCGACGACAUCUCGUUCAACCAGACCAUCUGGGACAGCGUCAUGCAGCACUGGCCCGAUGCGAGGGUGACAUUCUCGCAGGCGGCUGAGGCCCGCGCCGCGAGGCUCAGGGACGCCGCGGCUGAGAACCCCCAGUUCACGCAGCCCGAGGCGGCAGUGACGGGAGCUUCACACAGCUCGCAGGCGUGCUGUUUGGUAGACGAUCUCAAGUCGCUUACGCACAACGGCCGGCGGCCAAUUGUCAACCCGAUUAAGCUCGAAACCUACCAUGGCAUCUACACAGCCCGCAACGCCGCCAACGCUUCCUCACUUGAUACUUCUCUGCAGGCACACAGCUUCAGUUCUGCCGCAGUACCUCAUCAUUCCUUCGAAAAGAUCUCCCUCGACCUGUCGCGGCUCAGCAGCGUACGAGAAGUGGCUUCCGAUAUCAGCUCGCGUGUUGCUUCUGGCCAGAUCCCCCCACUCCGCGCGAUCAUCCUCAAUGCCGGCGUUGAGGAAUCUGCGACGCAGACCUGGACUGAGGACGGGCUUGAUUUGACUUUUGCCACCAACUAUGUCGGUCAUUGGCUGCUGACUUUGAUGCUCCUCGGGAGCAUGGACCGAGACAAGGGAAGGAUCCUCUGGGUAACCAGUUGGUCCCACAAUCCACAAGAUAUGCAUAAUUCACUGAAUGGGGCUUUUGCGGAAGAGAAAUUUAAACAUUUCAUCUCUGAUGACCUCGAGCCCAUCGCCAAGGGCUCUUGGAGUGCAACCAAAGAUGACCCAACAUCUUGGGCUGCCGGGUAUAGACGCUAUGGCGCAUCCAAGCUGUGCGGUGUUAUGAUGAUUCACGAGCUUCAGGGUCGUCUGGACCAAGACCCGGUCCUGAGAAACAUCUCGGUCCUUGCUCUAGACCCCGGCGCGAUGCCUACUGGAAUCAUUCGCAACAGCGAUUCUUGGGUGUUGCGGUGGGUCAUUUUCCCGGUAGUUAUCCCCGCGAUCACAGUGUUCUGGGCUUGGCUCUGGCCGAACGGCGCCUUUCGCACCCUUGCGAAAUCCGCCCGUGACGUUCUAGCCGCUGUGCUUGCUUGCGGCCCUCCGCCACUCAGUGAACACCCAAAGGGUCUUUUUCUCAAUGGUUCAGAACAGGGUGAGUACAACACUGAGGCUCUGGACCCUGUCAAGAGAGAUGUAGUAUGGAGAGGCAGUGUGCGAUUCGCGAAACUGGUGGAGGGAGAGACUUUGCUUCAGGAAUGGAAGUAG